CUGCCCUCCAGCCCUUCAGCAACAUGAAUCGCAAGGACAGCAAGAGAAAAUCACGCCAGGAAAGCCAAUUGAUUAGCAGCAAUGGAGUCAACCUCCUCGUUAAGAGCCGUCACAAUCCGAGUAGGAGGAGAAGACGUAUGACCUGCCCAAGCGCUGCUGAGAUUAACAAGGCGUUGAUGACUGUCACAUUAGAACAACUAGGGAAGGGCUGCAGUCUUGAUGAACUUAUGGAAAAAUGCAUACAGUCAUUUGAUGCGGAUGGAAGGAUCUGGAGAAAUGAGGACACCGUUAACAUGGUCCUUGUAAUGCACAGCUGGAUAGUGCCAUCAGCAGAGUUUGCACAAAAACUUCUUCAACUCUACAGGGAAGCAGAUCAAAGCCAGAGGAAGAACCAGAUAUGCCAUUUCCUACGGUUCUGGGUAAAUCAAUAUCCAGAGAUGUUCCGGCUUGACAGUCAACUGGAAGAGCUGAUGUGUGAUUUUUGGGAGGUGGUUAAGGAGCGCAGAUGGUCAAGAGACCACCGGCAAAGUCUUGACGCAUCAAGCGUAUUUGAGCAGGAACCCAUAAGUACUUUUCCAGAGUCUCCAAGCUUCAACAAGAAGAGGAAAGUCUCCCUUCUAUUUGAUCACCUGGAACCAUCAGAACUGGCAGAGCAUCUCAGCUACCUGGAGUUUAAAUGCUUCUGCAGGAUCACGCAUUUAGACUAUCGAAGCUAUACUUUGCAAAGUUCUCUGCGAGAAAUCCCUCGUCUGGAGCGAUCGGUCUCCUUAUGUAACAGCAUUUCACAGUGGGUUCAGCUCAUGAUCCUCAACCGACCAGCACCACAGCAGAGAGCAGAGGUCUUCACCAAAUUCAUCCACGUGACUCAGAAACUCCGUAAACUCCAGAACUUUAACACGCUGAUGGCAGUGAUUGGAGGACUGUGCCACAGCGCCAUCUCCAGGUUAAAGGAGACGCAUAGUCACCUGUCACACGAUGUCCUAAAGACACUCAGCGAAAUGACCGAGUUAUUGUCCUCAAGCAGUAACUACAGUACAUAUCGGAGGGUCUACAACGAAUGCGGUGGGUUUAAGAUUCCAAUUCUCGGCCUUCAGCUUAAGGACCUGGUUUCACUCAAUGAGGCUUUGCCCGAUUAUUUGGACAAUGGGAAAAUCAAUGUCAGCAAAUUGCAGAGUCUGUACCAGCACAUCCUGGAGCUUCGGCAACUGCAGAAAGCCACUCCGCCAGUCCAAGCCAACAAGGAUGUGAUACUGCUGCUAUCAACAUCUUUAGAUACCUUUUACACGGAAGAUGAGAUCUACUCCUUGUCCUACACGCGGGAACCACGCAGUCCCAAAACACUGUCUGCCACUCCUAGUAAGCCGCCUUCUGAUAUUCCACACUGGACCCCUGAAAUUCCCAUACAGCCGGACCCCGAAGCCCUCAUUCGCAGUGUAGAGCAGAUGGUGCAGUCUGUUUUUCGGUUUUAUGAUCCCGAUCACAGCGGUUUUGUCUCCCGGGGAGACUUUGAGAAGAUUGUUUCUACUCUUCCAUUUUCCUGUCACAUCCUAGGAAAGGACCAAGAAGGACCAGUGCGCCAUCAGGAUAUGACAUCGUUCUUCAUGAAAGCCAGCCAGAUUUGCUCCAAGCUCGGCGUUCCUUUUCUACAAACCUUGGUAGAGAUAAGGCUGAAGGAAUCUCCUCUGUGUCCCAGUUGUAUUUGGGCUGUGGCUAAGCAAGGCUACGUACCUGAAGGUUUGCACAAGGAUGGUACACAGAGCUGGACAUCUAGACCCAGCAAUGAAACAAGAAGUCUAAGACAAAAAGCAUGUCAGACAGAUGACACCUCAGAUUCUGGUUGUCCUGUUGCUGCAGAAGAUCCAACUCAUGUCAAGCCCAACUGUGACGGAAACUGCGAGACCACAAUUUCCUUGAAAAAACAGCAAAGAGAGAUGGAAAAGGAGAAGGAUCACUUGUUAAUGGAGAAUGCCGGAUUGCACUGCACCAACUCGCAGCUUGCUGCCGAAAAUGCCAAACUUCAGAGUCAGUUAAGUAUGCUGCAAGAGAGCGUGCGAGCAUUGAAGGUGAACACAAAGAUGCAACCAGCUGUCAAUCAAAUACUCAAGACUUUGAAAGAGCUACACAUACAAGGGGAAGGAAGUCUGUGA